AUGAGCGCUACUUUUCCCACCCUACAGGCUGAUAUUUUCGCCAACAGUCAGAGGACUUCCAGACGAAAUUCGACCUCCUCAGAUCGCGCGCUUCUUACAGCGCCUCCGCCAGCAUAUAUUCCGCGUCCUCCAGCAUACACCACCAAGUCCGAUGAGCCUACGACCAUACACGAGCGACAGCUCAGAAUGGAGCAGUUCGACGUCGAGCAAUUGUCGACCGCCCACAGUAUUUCAGAGCAGGACGAGCGGAAGAUCCUGGGUAUCAGACGGCAGGUAUUUCUGUGGUAUUUGGCAAUGACUUGUUUCAUGGUGAUGAUUGCCGCAAUAGUCGCUGGUACGACGCUUGGGUUAAGACGUAAACCAGACUCGUCAGGUUCUCCUCGUGGUUGA